GUUAUGAAACUGAAGAAAUGUCGUUAGAGGAGACGUUGAGUGUUAGAGGAAGUGAGGAGUUGAGAGCCUUGGAGCAUGGUGACGUGGGUGUGGUGAGUGAGUCAACUAGGUCAAAAAGGACAGAGGAAAAUGUGGGGGGGAGUGAGGUGGCUGAGGUUAAGGGAGAGGGGGUUUUCGAAAAUAUAUUAGAAGUGGGAGAUAGGAUUGAUAGGUGUUAUGAUAUUGGGGCAGACAUUGUGUUUGAGGCCUGUUGGAGUGGAGGAGAAGGCAUGCUCUGCACCCCAAGAUCACUGGCUGCCCAUGUUGGGAGUAGAAAGGAAAAGGGGUGGUAUUAUUUUACACCUUGGGCAUCCAACAAAGAAAAGAGGAAUUUAUUUAGUGCAGGGUUUUCAUCCAUUAAAGGAUGGAAGGAAAAAUUAUUCUUUGUUGAUGACACCAAGUGGGUUGGGAGGGAAGCCGAAGUGGAGUUUUUGUCUGCCUGGAAGGCUAAGAAAGCCAACCAAAAUAAGUAUAGUUUAAAUAGUGAUGAGAAUGAAGAGGUUGGGAAGUUGGUGAGAGAGGGAGGUGACACUUUGAAUAUCAUGUACCUCACCAGCUCGGAUGUCAUAGAGGUUGUUGAGCUCUAUGGGUCAAGCUCGUUGAGUGAAGCUGAGAUGGAUAAGUUUUUGGCUACUGUUAGUGGGAUGGCCAUUCCGAAGAAGCCAAGGAAGAAGUCAAAGAUUUCGGAGAAGGUGGUGAGUGAGGGAGGAGCUAAGAAGGAGUUGGUUUCUAGCACCUCAGUUGGAGCUCUAGAUGUUCAAGCAAGGCCAAAGCUUAAAAGGAAAGGAAGUGAAGACUUAGAGCCACCGAAGAAUAAGAAGAAGAAGAUGGGAGAACAAGAGGUUAGGGGGGAUGAGGUGGUUAAGUUCGUACCUCGGCCUCCUCCUAUUGAGCUCGAUCCUGAACUCAGGGAGACUGAGGUUAGAGCUCUUUGUAAGGGGAAGGAACUCGUCCCCCUUCCUUCUCUACAAAGUAGCCUUUUUGAUGCUAAAAACACGACGGCUGCUUGGAGAUUCAUCAAUUCAACUUUUCCCGAGGUGGAUCGACGUUGGGCUACGGAAGAGGUGUUAACUCAUGCGGGAACUACAAUUGUUAAACACACCCUGGAGAAACAGUUGGAUGAGGUGGUUCCGGCAGUGACUAGUCUUCAGGAUGAGAGGGAUUCGCUAAAGACAACUUUUUCAUUUGAAGAACGAAAGAGAAUAAUUUGCAAGAGAAAAAUUGAGGCGCAAGAGAAAGAAAUAAAGGAAAUAAAAAAGUCUGCUACUGAGCUAAAAACGAACAUGAAGUUGUUGGUCCACAAUGCGAUGGAAAGGCACAUUGUUGAGUUUCUCAACUCCAACACAUUUGAAAAUAUUGUCAACCUAUACCAGUUGCCUACUACGAUCCUUGCCUUCAUCGAUUGCAGAAAAAAGGUGAAAUGUCAAUAUCCCAAAGUGGAUGUGACGAAGAUCACUUUUGGCGAACAAGAGGAAGAAGUGGAGGAAGACGAUGAAAAUAUGUUGACUGACUUCAAACCUCAGAUUAAGCUGAGAUGGGAUCAUGAUGAAGAAGGUCGCACCGUUUUUCCUCCCAACUUUGACUUCGAGUUCGUCGUAGUUGAGGAAGGAGAAGUAGAGGUUGUGGGCAUAGAGGUCGAAGAGAGCCAGCCACCUCCUAUAGUGGAAAUCCAUCCAGUUCCCUCAGAAGAAGAGUGGCUAGCCUUCUAGAAGUGGAGUAGUCACCUCUUCUUGUAGAGCAACAACCACUUCCCCCAACAAAGUAGCUAGGGUUCCCAUUUUUUGAUUUGUGUUUUGUGUUAAAAUUGGAACAAUUUGUUGAUUUUAUUUUAAACAUUAUUGUAAUAUUUUUUAAUCAAUUUAUGGAUUUGUU